AUGCCUCUAGUCAAAAGACUCAAACCCAUCAUCUUAUUUCUCUUUGUAAUCGCUCUUUCUUGUAACUUCAUUUUUCCAUGUUUAUCCCAAGACUGGAAACAAGAAUUCUUAGAGGCCCAUAACGAAGCCCGGCACGAGGUUGGGCUAGAGCCAUUGGUUUGGGACGAUGAGGUCGCUGCUUAUGCCUCGAGCUACGCUAAUCAGAGGAUAAGUGACUGUGCCAUGGUCCAUUCGAAUGGACCGUUUGGAGAGAACAUAGCGUGGAGUAGUGGAGAUAUGUCGGCUGACGAUGCUUCGGAAAUGUGGAUCGACGAGAAAAGGUAUUUCGAUUACGACAGCAACACUUGUAAUGAACCAAAUGGUGGAACGUGUCUACAUUACACACAAGUGGUUUGGAGAAAUAGCCUUCGAUUGGGAUGUGCUAAAGUCGUGUGUAACAGUGGUGGUACUUUUAUUACAUGCAACUAUGAUCCUCCCGGUAAUUACAACGGAGAAAAACCAUAUUAA